ACGCGAAAUCGUCGCGUUCUGGGGGCGAGUUUGCCACGUCUGCGGAUUCGAGGAGCGGGGAUGACGGGCCGGUGGGAUGCGCGGGGCUGGCCGGAAACGGGAGCCCGCCUUCAUUCGCGGAGAGCGCUGGGAAAAGCGUGGGCUUCCAAAGUUCGGGAAAGUUGCUGGGAAGCGGAGCUUGCAUGGAGUGGCUGCUCCAGAAAAUAAAAAUUUAAAGAACCCAGUGCUCUGACAGCAUUGAGAAUCUCAUACUGAAAAUAAGAUAAAAUCGCCUCUACGAAAUCUGCAAAGGCCUUUUUAUUUUUAAAUUCAGCGUCCUGGGGCCAUUUAGUCUUGUGUCCGAAUGUCUCCCCGUCUUCUUGCUUUUAAGGGAAAUGCGCACGUUGCGUUUUAAACUGAAAGAUUGCACACACGCUGCACACACGGCGGUGAAAAUGAAAGGUGCCUUUUGGACUCUGCUUGCCUUUGCGUUCGUGGCUUUGGGGGCUGCGGGUCUCAUCCCGGAACCAGAAGUGGAGAUCGAAGUGCUCCAGAAACCGUUCAUUUGCAAGAGGAAAACGAAGCCGGGAGACAUGAUGUUGGUGCACUACGAAGGCUAUUUGGAGAACGACGGCUCGCUCUUUCAUUCUACCUACAAGCAUAACAAUGCCCAGCCAACAUGGUUUACUCUCGGUAUAAGGGAAGUUAUCAUAGGCUGGGAUAAAGGUUUGAAACAGAUGUGCGUAGGAGAGAAACGCAAGCUAACCGUUCCCCCAUCCCUGGCUUAUGGAAAAGAAGGAAAAGGGAAAAUUCCACCUGAGAGCACUUUGAUCUUCAACAUCGAACUUCUAGAAAUCAGGAAUGGACCGCGGUCUCACGAGUCCUUUCAACAAAUGGAUCUUAAUGAUGAUUGGAAGCUUUCCAGAGAAGAGGUAAAAAUAUACUUGAAGAAAGAAUUUGAAAGGCAUGGUGCACCAGUCAAUGACAGCCACCAUGAUUCUUUAGUUGAAAACAUAUUUGAGAAGGAAGAUGAAGACAGCGAUGGAUUUAUAUCUGCAAGGGAGUUUGUAUAUACACAUGAUGAGCUAUAAAACAUUUCCAGCAGGAAAGUAAUGACUGGCAACCUGAUGCUUCAAAAUUUAUAAUAUAUAUAUUCUAUUUGGAGUUGCCUGUUACUCAUGGGGGAUGGAAUGUGUUGCCCAUUUUUCUACUUGAACUACUAUUGAUACAAAACAUUGAGACUUGUUUUUAUAAAGUGGGAGCAUCUGUUCAAAUGAUACUUUAAUAGGAAAGCUCUGUGCAUUUAUUUAUUUAGAAAACUAUGAAUAAAAAAAACCCUCUGUUUAUUAUUACUGCUUAUAA